GCCUGCUACGCUGGCUACAUGGUCAAAUUUGUCUGCUACGCUCUGCGCUUCGUGGCUGACGCAGAGGCAAGGAUGGCGGCGCAGGAAGGCGGCAACGAGGGCAGCGACGAAGAUGAUGAGGGCGACGAGGAUGGCUUAGAAGGAGAGGAAGAGGAAGAGGAAGAAGAGGAAGAGAACAACAACAACAACUUCUCUGAUGCUGACAGCAGCUAA